CACCCAUCCCCGCAUUGCCCCCAGCCCCCGCAUCCCCCCCGGCCCCCGCGUCGCCCCGGCACCGGGUGCCCCUGCACGGAGGUAACCGGAGCCGGCGCCCGGCUGCGCCUGCGGCACCAUCAAUAAUUGAGCAGGCAGCGGGGCUGCGCCGGGGCGGCGGGCGCUGGGGAGCCGGGGCUGGGGCGCGCGGCCCUGCUGCACCUGCCCCCCACGGCGCCCCACGGCACCCCACGGCGCCCCACGGCACCCCACGCCGCCCCGCGUCACCCCACGGGACGGGGCAGCGCUGCCGAGCGGGAGCCGCCAUGGUGUCGGCAGCCAUCGCGCUGGCCUUCCUGCCCUUGCUCGUGACGCUGCUGCUGCGCUACCGGCACUACGUGCUGCUGCUGUACCGGGCCGUGCUGCUGCGCUGGCUGCGCGACCGGCUGAGCGGGGUGCCGCGGGAGCAGCGCGCCUUCCAGUACGUGCUGGCGCACGCCGUGCCCGGCGACCCGCGGCACGUGCUGCUCGCCUUCGACCAGUGGGGCCACCGCCGCGAGCACCUCAGCAACCUGGGGCCCCGCAAGGGCCGCAUCGUGGAGCGGCUGGUGCAGGAGCGGGCGCCGCGGGCCGUGCUGGAGCUGGGCACCUACUGCGGCUACGGCACCGUGCUGCUGGCGCUGGGGCUGCCGCCGGGCGCCCGCCUCUACACCGUCGAGGCCGACCCCCAGCACGCCGCCGUCGCCGAGAAGGUCAUUCGCCUGGCCGGCUUCGGCGAGGACACCGUGGAGCUCAUCGUGGGCCCCUCCGAGGAGGUGAUCCCCCGGCUGAAGGAGCAGCACGGCCUGCUCAGGGCCGACUUCGUCCUCAUGGACCACUGGAAGCGCCGCUACCUGCGCGACCUGCGGCUGCUGGAGACGCACGACCUGCUGGCCCCCGGCGCCACGGUGCUGGCCGACAACGUCAUCUUCCCCGGGGCGCCCCACUUCCUGCAGUACGCCAAGACCUGCGGCCGCUACCGCUGCAAGGUGCACCGCACCAGCCUCGAGUACUUCCGCGCCAUCCCCGACGGCAUCGCCGAGCUCACCUACACCGGCCCGCGCUGAGCCCGGCGGCACCGGCCCCCCCGUCCCGCGAGGCUGCCGACCCCCCCGUGUAAAAGCAGUAAAAUCGCACUUGCUGGC